AUGACUAGUGUCGAUGAGCUCUUCAAGAAACCUUCGGGUGUAGGAAGCUCCAAGCGCAAGUUCGAGCCCCUUCAAGAUCCAAAUGAGCUCUACAAAUCCGCGAAGCUAGACCCCAAUGCCGACGUGAGGUCCAAAGGGAAGGAAGCAAUGGUUGAGGAUGAGAUUGAUGACGAUGGCGAGGCUGGUCCAGAACUGCCUCCGGACAUGGACACUGAAGAUAUUCCCGACGAUGAGGAAGGCCGGUUCUUUGGUGGUGGAAUGGAGCAGAAGACUGCCCAAGCGAUGCAGUACAUUGACCAGCAAGAAGAAGAUGAAGCUGCACCCGAGAAAUUCGACACUGCCUGGGUUCGCCGAUUCGCUUUGAACUUCGAGAAAAAGAUAUCUAAAAACGCCGAGCUACGAGCCAAGUUUGAAAAUGACCCACAAAAAUUCAUGACAUCCGAAGCCGAUCUGGAUACCGAGAUCAAGGGAUUAUCGAUUCUGUCAGAACACCCAGACCUCUAUAAGGAAUUUGCGAAGCUGGGCUGUGUGGGAUCACUAAUUUCGCUGCUCUCCCACGAGAAUGCCGAUAUUGCGAUCGACGUUAUCCAAAUUAUCGGCGAGCUUACAGAUGAGGAUGUCGAGGCUGAACAGGAACAGUGGGAUAGCCUGGUCAACCCUAUGAUGGACGCCGAUCUCGUUGAGCUGUUGACCUCGAAUCUUACUCGUCUUGAUGAGGGUGUGGAUACUGACAGGGCCGGUGUUUACUAUAUCCUCAGUGUAUUGGAAAACCUAUGCUCCCAAACCUCUGUCGCAGAAAAGAUUGGGCAGGAUGCUUCCAUCCUUCAGUGGAUCCUGAGUCGUAUUCAGAAAAAGGAAUCACCCGUCAGUCAAAACAAGCAGUAUUCAGCAGAGGUCUUGGCAAUUCUGUUGCAGUCUUCCUCAAAAAAUCGAGAGCGAUUUAUCGAUCUCGACGGAGUCGACAUCAUCCUCCAGAUCCUCAGUCAAUACAGGAAGCGAGAUCCUGAAAAAGACUCGGAUGAGGAAGAAUAUGUUGAAAAUCUUUUCGAUGCUUUGAUCUGCCUUGUCGAUGAACCAGCAGGGAAAGACAAGUUCAUCGUGGCUGAGGGAAUUGAACUAGCAUUGAUCAUGCUCAAGGAAGGUAAAUUCAGCAAAUCACGGGCCCUAAGGACUCUCGAUCACGCCUUUGGUGGAGCAGCGGGUGGCCCGGCUUGCGAGCAACUGGUUGAAGCAGUAGGACUGAAGACCGUAUUCGGCAUGUUCAUGAAAAAGCAAGAGGGACAAAACAUUGAGCAUCUGCUGGGCAUCUUUGCUUCACUUCUCCGACUUCUUCCUGGUGCAUCGGCUGCGCGUAUCCGGACCCUGGCUAAGUUCAUGGAGAAGGACUAUGAGAAGAUCGAAAAGCUUGUCAAGUUGAGACGAGAGUAUGCUGCACGUGUGGUCCCAGUUGAGCAAGCCAUUGAGAAGGAGCGGAAGUCCUACUCACCUGAAGACCAAGAAAUCAUGGCUGGGGAAUGGUUAUCUCGACGAUUUGACGUCGGACUCUUCUCCUUGCAGACAAUUGACGUUGUCUUGGCUUGGCUGAUUGCGGAGGAUGAUGGAGCUAAGAAGAAGAUUGUAUCCCUUUUUGCAGACCGUGACGAAGAUCUGUCCCUGAUUCGGGGUACCCUACAAGAACAAUUGCAAGGCCUUGGCGAUGAAGAACCAGGACAAAAGGAUACCAAGGACAUGCUGAGCACCUUACUGCAGUUUGUGUAA